AUGGCAGGAACGAGCACGAUGAGCGAUAUGGACCUCAACGCUGUCCGCAAACUAGCACAAUCAUACACCACCCACCCUCUCCAUCUCACAGCGCUCCAUGCCUCCUAUCUCGACCGCGCAACCUCCGACCUCCCCACACUCUCCGACUCGCUCAUCUCUCUCCAACCUCUCAAUCCCAGCUUGCUUGAGAGGGACGUCGCGGACCACAAAGACUACUUUACGAAGAUCAAGUUCAAGUACUUGGAGCAGGAGAGCAAGGAGAGAUUCUUGAGGUAUAUCCUGAGAGAGGAUCCGCCUAGCUUAAGAGCGGCACAUAAUAUGCAACUGGAACAAACCAACACUGCACUAAAGACAUCUCUGAAGACAUCCAAGCUAGCGCUCGAAUCCAGCAGCGCACAAGUCCGCACGCUUGCGCCACAAAUCGACGCUCUUCACACUCAAACGCUCGCUGACGCAGCCGAAUCGACCCAAUUAGUGAAAGAGAUCCGAGAUAUGGAGCUCGAGCUCGCCCGUCUGCGAGCACAGCAUCCCCCCGAGUCGCGCAUGACAAUUUCUCGCGCGACGCAGAUUCUGGAUGAGCAGGUGGACACGCUCCAGCAGCUGACAAAGGAGCUCCAUGUCCGGACUCAGGCGCUGGGGCAAAAGAAAGGCGCAUUGCAGGGGAAGGCGAAGGAACUCGAACGGGUUGAACUGGAUAGGAUAGCAGCUGAGGCUAGACUGGGGGAGGCAAAGCGCGCAAGCGAGGGCAGGGACGGGAAUGUCGAGAAGCUUGUGUCUUGGUAUACGAAUGCCAUAGCGGGAUAUAAGGACCUCAUGGGUAUCGUCGGACUUUCCGCACAGACGGAAAAUGAGCUGCGCGUGGUGUACCGCACCCCGCGAGGGGAUCGAACCCUCUGUCUGAUAUUCGAGCCCGGUACAGGCAGGCUCGGGGACGCGAGGGUCUUGGAAGAGAAAUUGGAUAUUACUGAGGCUGUCGAUUUGGCUGUGGCAGGAAAUGACGUGCCGGGACUUGUGAGGCGUGUCCUGGCCCUGCUCAGGAGUGCGAGGACAUAG